AUGGCGGAACCAAAACAUGCAACGAAAACUACAAAAAAUCUUGGAAAGUAUUGCGUUGCUGGUGGCCCAAAUAAUGAAAGUUGCAAGAACAACUCGACCACUCCCGGGAUAUCAAUGCAUGAAUUUCCAAAACCUGGUAAUCAACUGCGAAAUCUAUGGAUAAAGUUUGUCAGGCGACAUAGAAUGGCAGACUUGCAGCCUUCGCCUUACUCGUGCUUGUGUUCUUCACAUUUUGAACCACAAUGCUUUCAUCAGCGACUUGGUCUUGGAUUGGAAGUCAGCAGCAAUAUCACAACAAAACGACUAUUAAUAAUUCAAGCACGUUAGGUGAAAGAACAGCCCGAAAAUAAGUAAAACACACACCAAAUCAUUGUGGGAGAAUGGGUUCAGGGUGAAGUGAACCAAUUAUAUACAUUAUACUCUCAAACUCUGGUCAACCCAAAGACUCAUUAAGCCUUAUGUUUUCAUCCCGCAGGCGUAUAUAUAAGACCUGCUAGGAGAGACUGAAUGCUCCAUAGGAGCUCUGCCCGAAGGGUAGCGACCCCCUCUGACAUAGACCUGAACCAAGGGGUGAUAAUCCCCUUGGACAGUACCUACGAUUCGACUGAUUAUAUUUACAUAAAUAACCUGAGUCUAUGGGCCUGAAGUUGACCAUUGGGAACACUUCAACCCCGAACCAAAAUUUAUUUGUUUGAACAUUUAAGUAUUUACAUAGCGAUAAUUUUCCAUGAGAAAAUUGUUCGAUAGUCUUUCUUGACAAAUUGUUCUUGAACAGUCCUUGCAUAACAUUAGCUAGUACCCAUACAAUGCACCAGAUACCAGGAACAUGAACGGGUGGGUGGGUGGAAAUUUUCUUUCUCGGUAACAAGACAUUGCUCUUUGUUGGGAUAUUUGUCAAAGUGAACUCCCUUAUCACAUUGACCUUUGUUCUGCGUGUUCGUUGUUGACAUAUGAUUGGUCAGUUGAUCUUUCAUUCGGUUUUACACAUGCCCAGAGAAACAUUUGAACUUUGGACUAUUGGAUAUCGCCUUUUUGUGGCUGUUGACAAGCUUAUCCUGUUACUAUGAGAUUAUAACCAGGUUUGAAGGUGACAAACGUGUUGUCUCAUUAACUUGAAUUUAUAUAUUGUUAUAUAUAAAUUUGCUUUAAUAAUUCAAGCACGUUAGGUGAAAGAACAGCCCGAAAAUAAGUAAAACACACACCAAAUCAUUGUGGGAGAAUGGGUUCAGGGUGAAGUGAACCAAUUAUAUACAUUAUACUCUCAAACUCUGGUCAACCCAAAGACUCAUUAAGCCUUAUGUUUUCAUCCCGCAGGCGUAUAUAUAAGACCUGCUAGGAGAGACUGAAUGCUCCAUAGGAGCUCUGCCCGAAGGGUAGCGACCCCCUCUGACAUAGACCUGAACCAAGGGGUGAUAAUCCCCUUGGACAGUACCUACGAUUCGACUGAUUAUAUUUACAUAAAUAACCUGAGUCUAUGGGCCUGAAGUUGACCAUUGGGAACACUUCAACCCCAGAAAUACACAGCAUGUGUAUUCCCCAUAGACGAACUCCCACCACAGCUGUAUUUGUAUACAAGACAGCUGCUGCCAGAUGAUAGUUAGACAUAGAUUUGGGCGUUACCAUCACUCAUACUAUAGCUGGAUAGUCAGGGAGGCCAGAAAAAACCUGGAAUAUACAGGAAACCUGGAUGGGGCCAAGACAACCAGCAGCUUCCCCACAAAGCUUCUAUCUUACAAUUUUUUAAUUGGAGGGUUGGUAACACGACAAACAAAGCUCACCAUCGAGGCAAAUUUUAUUUAUUUUUAUUUAAUUUUUUUUUAAGUUAAUGUGUUCAUAAAUACGUUUUGCACAACAUUUAUUUGUUAACCACAUUUAUUUUAUUUCAAUUAUGAUCAGUGGACCUUUCUCGAAUUAUGUGACAUUACUCUCAGAAAAAUAGCUUAUUCAUUACUUUAAUUCAAAAUAGCAACACCAAAAUUUUGCGAUCGAACAUCCGAUCAUGCAUGCAUGAUAUUACCAGAAAGAAAUUGUAAGAAUAUGUAUGUGGUAGUCAAAAUAUAUUAUAUGCAGUAAAUAACAGUACAUCAAAGGAUUUUCAAUUUUCAAAAGCGUAGGCAUACAUGGUAUCGUACUAAUCUUUCCUGAUAUCCAUCUUGGCAUCUUGCCGAUUUAUCGCAAAUGUGCAUAAACAUAUAUCAUGUGGAGAGUUUUAAGUCUCAAAUUUCGUUCACAAAUGAGCUUGCUUUCUUACGUUUUGAACAGUAAAGUAUUGAAAAUGUAUGCAGGUCAAAUUUUUGUGAAAUAGCUUAAUUUUGAAAUAGCUUAAUUUUGUGAAAUAGCUGAAAAAGAAGUUUUAUAAUUCUACUUUUGAGCGAUUGAAUACAGUUUAAUGUAAGGCCUGAUUGAAACCCAAUCCAACGCCAAAUCUGAGGCGUAGUCUGAAGCCUUUAAUCUGCGGCUAAUCUCAAGGUAGUAAUAAAAUUGUCAUUGGAAUUUUUGAUUGAAAAAUAUAAAUACACCAGAAUCACGGAAUGUUGUUAUAAAAUAGACGAAUUUUAAUACAUUUUGGUUGGUUUGAGAUGCGGAAUACGAAACAAACGUGUCAAUGCACCGCAUACUUACGCGCCGAAUACCGCUUCACUUUAGGAAGCAUGUGCAUUGAGACAUGGAAUAUUGGAAUGAUAUCAAUUGAACGCUUGUUGAUUUCGUGUUUAGCGGCUUUAGCCUAUCGAUCUUGUUGUUAUUCCCCCAGCGGCGGUUUCAUUUAAUGGUAAUAACUUCGUCGGGCAGGCCUUAAAAUAUCUUUUCCAAGGCCGUCUGACAAAAUGUCCGGUGACGUUGAGUUUGGGUCGGACAUAUGUCCGAUGACUUUCAGUUCAGUUUUGACUCGGAAAUAAGUCUGAAUGACACAAAUGAAUAAACGGUCAAUAUUGUAAAGAUAUUAAAUAAUUUCUUUCAUACUUAUUUCCAAGCCAAAAUUAACUCACUUGCCAGGACAGCAGUGUUAAAAAAGACUUCGACAACUUAAGCCCGUUUUCCACUUCACCAUUUCGCUCGCCGCCCCGCGCUCGACUACGUUAAAACAACAUUUCCAGUACAUCUUUUAUACAAUAGUACGUCGGACAAAGCUACAGUUCGGUCGGACACCAAUUCACUUGGGUCGGACAAACAAUAAACCUCAGUUUCACUUUGGUCGGACAGAAUGUCCGGUGGUUUCCUCUCUACGUCGGACAAUUUCACGAAUGGGUCGGACAAUGUCCGUGACCGACCGAUAUUUUAAGGCCUGUCGGGACUUGGGCCAACGUAUUCCUUUGUCCACCAGAAGAGUAAGCGCUUGUCCGGUACAGUUCUAUUUGAAUAAACUGCGUCUCACUGAAUUAUCAUACUGAGUUACUGACCAAAUUUUCUUUGAUAUAACCAUGAUAUGUCAAUUCCAGCGUUCAUAAAGUCUUUUCUGUCACAUUGUCUGAGUUCAUUCGAUGUCCGUAAUUCUUUACAGCUCCGCACCAAGUCAAAUUUUCAAAUUUUCUUUCUCGGUAACAAGACAUUGCUCUUUGUUGGGAUAUUUGUCAAAGUGAACUCCCUUAUCACAUUGACCUUUGUUCUGCGUGUUCGUUGUUGACAUAUGAUUGGUCAGUUGAUCUUUCAUUCGGUUUUACACAUGCCCAGAGAAACCUUUGGACUAUUGGAUAUCGCCUUUUUGUGGCUGUUGACAAGGUUAUCCUGUUACUAUGAGAUUAUAACCAGGUUUGAAGGUGACAAACGUGUUGUCUCAUUAACUUGAAUUUAUAUAUUGCUAUAUAUAAAUUUGCUUUAGACAGAAGUUGUGCGAUUCCAACCAUUGACACUGUCGAACCGGACAGAACCCCGCAUCCAGUUUCACAACGGGAGCGCAGACAGGUGCGGUAUUAUAUUACAUAAUUUCAUAUGUAAAUUUAUUAUCAGAUUAGUUUUAAGAAAUUUUAUUGAAAUCUUUACUCUAACCACAGAUUCUUCGUGAUGCCAGCUUCAUAUCUGCACAACAACAAAGUGAGCAAGCAUGCGAAGGAGAUAUUUCAGGAGUACAACUUGAAACGAGCAUGGAAGCCGAUACACAUACCAGUGAUAUUUCUCGUUCAGCAUGCGAAGAGUGUAACAAACAUAAACAACGAUAUAUCAGAUUGAAUGACAGAUACAGAAAAGCCAAAGGUGUGCAACAAAAGCUAAAAAGUAAGGUUGUUCAACUGGAAAAAGCUAACGAAGCCUUGACGGAGGUAAAUAAUAUGUUUUGAUAAAGAAUUUACACUAUAUUUAAUAUGACAGAUGUAUAUGUAACGUAUUACAUAUUUUAUACUCAGGCUUCAGCAUUCUUUCUGCUCAAGUGGCAACCAAAUAUACCAUUUAACACUUUACAAUUAUACGGUAUAUAAUCUGUCAUGAAAUUUGAAAAUAUUGUAGUCACUUUAUACCUAUAGGUACAUAGUAUAUUAUACACAUGCAACUUCCUGUUUUUGCUCAAUGCCUUUGACCUAAUAGGGGCUGUUUAUAUGAUCUACUGCAUCAAACUCUCAUAGGCUACUAUAUAGGCUACUAGCUAGGGACAUGUCAGGAGUAUAUAGAGUCAGCCUGUUACUAGAGGGUAACCCUUAGAAUUGGUACACAAUUUUUGUCCAUGCAUACUGUUUGCCUCGACCUCCAGGAGAACUUGUUAUGUCCAUGCCUUUUGACAAAAUAUAGAAUAUUUUUUAUAUUCUCACUUUUUGACAAAAAUACAGAAUAUUUUUUAUAUUGUUCCACAAAUACCUUUCAGAAAUCUGGAGAUUCAUGUUGACAAGGGGAGUAGGGUGUCACUGGUGCCCGAGAUACCCUUAAGUAAGCAAAUGUUGUUAUGGGUGCAAAUGUAAACAAACAACUAACUUGUAUCUGAUUUUAAGAAACUUGAGAAUCAAGCUCAAGACCUACAGCAACAUGUUGAACAAGACGAAGAUAUGAAUGCUGUUGAUGAGACCAUUGAGGAAUCAGCUGAUUAUGAUGGUGCUACACUGGAACCAGAGUGGGACCCUUUUGGAGAGGAACAAAUUAAUAAUGCUGGAAUUCCAUCAAAUCAGUGCAGCAGAAAUACUGUCAGGUACAACUAUACAUAAUAAUUAAAUCUGUAUGUCUUUACAAAAGCUCUAAUGAAAUAUCACAAAAUAUAUAAAUAGCUGGCAACUUGUUGAUUUCAUCCUGAUCCUUUUGUGUACAAGAAAAUUAAAGUACAGUACAGUAGUUUUUAUUGGUCAAAAAUGUACAGUGGAUUUAGGUUAAUUAAUAAAUUACUUACUUGUAUUUUUUUUUAAGAGUGGAAGCACGACCAAGGUCAACAUGUACCAAACUGGCACUAUGGUAA